AUGGUGAGGCAGAUUGUGUGGCAGCGGGCAGCUGCCUCCCGGCGGCCGGUCCAUGCGUGUCUGUCCUCCGCACGACUCACCGCUCGUCGCGGCCUCGCGACCGAGGCCUCGCCGUCGCGGAUGCCCCCUUACCCGAAGAUUUUGAAGAACCUGGAGCAGGUGCGCAGGGUUCUGGGCGCGUCUCGGGCCCUGACCUUGGCCGAGAAGAUCCUCUACUCCCACCUGGACAAUGCGGAGGAGUCACUGCUGUCCGGAACGAACAACGGCAAGGACAUCCGGGGAAAGGCCAAUUUGAAGCUGAAGCCUGAUCGUGUCGCGAUGCAGGAUGCCUCUGCUCAGAUGGCUCUGCUUCAGUUCAUGACGUGCGGCCUGCCGUCGACGGCGGUGCCCGCCAGCAUUCACUGCGACCACAUGAUUGUGGGCGAGCUGGGUGCCGAAGCCGAUUUGCCCGAGUCCAUCAAGGGAAACAGCGAGGUGUUUGAUUUCCUUGAGAGUGCUGCCAAGCGCUACGGAAUCGAGUUCUGGCCGCCUGGUGCGGGCAUCAUCCACCAGAGCGUGCUUGAGAACUAUGCGGCUCCCGGUCUGAUGAUGCUGGGUACCGAUAGUCACACCCCGAACGGCGGUGGCUUGGGCGCCAUUGCCAUCGGUGUCGGUGGUGCCGAUGCAGUCGAUGCUCUGGUGGAUGCCCCCUGGGAGCUGAAGGCGCCUCGGAUCCUCGGUGUCCGUCUUGAAGGCCAGUUGAGCGGCUGGGCGCGUCCCAAGGACAUCAUCUUGCACCUGGCUGGCAAGCUGACCGUUCGUGGUGGUACUGGCUUCGUCAUCGAGUACCACGGGCCCGGUGUCGAGACCCUGAGCUGCACCGGCAUGGCGACCAUCUGUAACAUGGGUGCCGAGGUCGGCGCUACCACCUCCAUCUUCCCCUUCUCCUCCGGCCAUGUUCCGUAUCUCGAGGCGACUAACCGCGGCCACGUCGCCCAGGCGGCUGCUGAGAUCGCUGCUGCCGGAUCUAAGAGUCUCCUCCGCGCGGAUUCGUCCGCUGAGUACGAUCAGCUCAUCACCAUUGACUUGUCAACUCUGGAGCCGCACAUCAACGGUCCUUUCACUCCGGAUCUGUCGGUCCCCCUGUCUGCCUUUGCCGACACGGUACGUGAGAAGAACUGGCCUGCGACCCUGGGGGCCGGUCUCAUCGGUAGCUGCACGAACAGCUCGUACGAAGACAUGAUGCGUGCCGAAGAUCUGGUCAAGCAGGCGACCGCUGCUGGUCUCAAGCCCAAGGCCAGUUUCUUCAUAACCCCUGGCAGUGAGCAGAUCAGGGCGACCCUGGAUCGCGACCAGACCCUCGAUACCUUUUCCAAGGCCGGCGGCACCGUGCUGGCCAACGCCUGCGGACCCUGCAUUGGCCAGUGGAAGCGGACUGACGGAGUCAGCAAGGGCGAGGACAAUGCCAUCUUCACGUCUUAUAACCGCAAUUUCCCUGGCCGCAAUGAUGGAAACCGCCGGACCAUGAACUUCCUGGCGUCGCCCGAGGUUGUCACCGCCCUGACCUACUCCGGAAGCACGACUUUCAACCCGAUGACCGACUCCCUGACCACCCCGGAUGGGAAGAACUUCCAGUUCCGCCCCCCUACCGGUGCCUCGCUCCCUUCCGCCGGCUUCGAGGAAGGUAACCCCGACUUCCUCCCUAGCGCCGGUGUGCCCGACUCCACGGUGCAGGUUGCCGUCUCUCCGACAUCUGACCGGCUGGCUCUCUUGGAGCCGUUUGCUCCUUUCCCCAAGGGCGAACUCUCCUCCCUCAAGGUGCUCUACAAGGUGAAGGGCCAGUGCACAACCGACACGAUUUCGGCCGCAGGCCCCUGGUUGAAGUACAAGGGCCACCUGCCCAACAUCUCGGAAAACACGCUGAUCGGCGCUGUCAACGCGGCCACGGGCGAGACCAACGUGGCGUACGACGAGGCCGGAAAGCAGUACACCAUCCCCGAACUGGCCGCCCAAUGGAAGGCGGACGGAACCGAAUGGCUGGUGGUUGCCGAGGACAACUACGGCGAGGGUAGUGCCCGCGAGCACGCGGCGCUGCAGCCGCGGUACCUGGGCGGUCGCAUCAUUGUGUGCAAGAGCUUUGCGCGCAUCCACGAGACCAACUUGAAGAAGCAGGGUGUCGUGCCUCUGACCUUCGCCAACAAGGCGGACUACGACCUGAUCGAGGCGUGCGACCACGUCGACACCAUCGGCCUGUACGAUGUCCUGCAGUCGGGCGGCCAGGGCAGCAUCCAGCUGCGCGUCACCAAGCACAAGACCGGCGAGACCAUCACCAUCCCUGUGCAACACACUCUCAGCAAGGAUCAAUGUGGGUUUAUUCUGGCUGGUAGCGCUCUGAACUUGCUGGCCAAGCGGGCAUCUAAAGCCCAGUAA